AUGCUUCAUCGACAUCUUCAAAGCAGCUACGAGCAAUACAAGUCAGAUACAGAGUAUAUUACAACAUGGCUCGCAACCACUGCCAAAUACUGUGGCUUUACCCUGAACCUAAAAGUCUUAGAAGAGGAGCCCAAGUUAGAGAAACUGAAAGGCAGAGCGAGGAUGCUGGCGAAGCAAGCCGCAAAGGCGGAGACCACAAACCCAGGAACACAAUCAAGGGCUUACGCAGUUCUACUGAAAUAUUUUCUUCCUAUGGCGCAACGAAUCGUGGCUUUCCAGAAGCCUCCAGUCCAAGUUCCCAACAGCUUUUGUCAAGAUCCUCGACGGGGCCAUCUCCCUGAGAAGUCGGUGGCGGUGUGCUUAGGAAACCAUGAUGGAGCUGGGUCAUCCCGCAGCCCUACGGACCAAGAAUCCGAUACAAGACACUCUUUCUUCACACCCACACUUGAGGACGUCAGAGAAGCACUCGGGUCCCGGACUUCGUCAUUGGCCAAGAAUAAGAAUGAGACAGCUCAGCACAACACCGCUGAAGCCAGUGCCGCAACAAACCUGGCGAAUAUGUUCUCCAGCCUUGAGGUCGAAGAGCCAUCCGAGGCCGAUCAAGAGAGCCCCUUACAGUCGGUACCUAGGGCAGAAACCGCGAAGCCACAGACUCGUUAUCAAGCGGAAACUUUUGAUGACCCCGAGGAACCUUCCAUUAUGCUUAUGUGCCUGGUGACAGAUUUCGCUGACAUUCGCGAUUUUGUCGCCGAAACUUGGUUGGGCUACAAAGAAGAGCUUUUGGACCUUGUCAGCGCCUCCCUCACAACAGAUACAGCCAUGGAACUGGCACGUGGUCUGGAAGAAGCGCAACAGAAGCUUUUUGCGGCUCAUGGAGGCGUGCAGAAGCUGCUCCAUAUUUCUUUUGUCGCCCAUUGUAUAGAAAUUUUGCCAGAGAUCGGAGGCUUCACAAUCGCCCAGCUGUCUCUUCAUGCGGUCCUCGGAACCUGA